AGAUUUACUUCAAGAAGAACCAUGACGAACCAGACGUUGGUCAGUGAGUUUGUUCUCCUGGGAAUUCAGAAUUUCAACUUCAAGAUUCCCCUGUUCUCUCUGUUCCUUCUGAUUUACAUUAUGACAAUUUGGGAGAACGUCCUCAUCAUAGUGUUGGUGUCCUCCAGCCGGAACCUCCAGUCCCCCAUGUACUUCUUUCUCCGACAGUUGUCCCUAUGUGAUCUACUGGAGGUCACAGAUACUGUACCCACCCUGCUCCAAACUGGAAUUUAUGAUAGAGUCUUGAUGUCCUUUGUUGGCUGUAUUACCCAGUAUUCUUUGUUUUGUGUCUCAGAAUCUUUUGAGUGUUUGCUUCUAGGAGUAAUGUCCUAUGACAGAUAUGUGGCCAUCUGUAUCCCACUGCGUUACUCUUCUAUAAUGUCUCACAGGGUUUGUGUUACAUUAAUUUUCAUGUCUUGGGUGCUUGGCCAUAUAACUUCAUUGCUUAUGGCCAAUUUCAUAGCUACCCUACAGUUCUGUGACCAAAAUACCAUUAACCAUUUCUUCUGUGAUUUAUUACCUAUUCUAGAACUUUCCUGCUCAGACACUUUCUUUGUGCAACUAGAAGUAACCAUACUUUCUAUCCCAGUGGCUGUUUUCCCUUUAAUAUUCAUCAUUAUAUCUUAUUUAUGUAUUGCCCAUGCAAUCCUAAAGAUAGUGUCCAUAACCGGGAGACAAAAAGCCUUCUCCACCUGCGGCUCCCACUUGGCUGUGGUCUCCAUAUUUUAUGGGACUCUCAUUUCUAUUUAUGUGGUUCCCCAUAAAAAAAACUCCCAGACCUUAAGCAAACUUCUGUCUCUGCUGUACACUGUAGUUACCCCACUCAUUAACCCACUUAUUUACAGCCUGAGAAAUAAAGAUAUCAGACAAGCCCUUGACCAUCUGGUCACCAGGAAGUAA